UUUUUUGUGUUGCAGCGGUUUGCUUACCUGGUUUCUUCUUCUAUAUAUAUGUUUCAUUUUUCUGCUGUUUUUACCCUUUUUUUUUUUUAACAAAAUUUGUUGUUGAAUUAAUAUAUUAGGAUUACCUAUGAGAUUAAUUUCGGUCAUCUCUGAUUGAUUAAAUUCUCUUUCAUCCUCGGCAUCAUGUAGUGCAAUAGAGAAUGGAGUUUUUGGAGAACAUAUUGGGCAAAGUGGAGGUCUUUAACAACUUAUGGCCAUUUGUUACCUAUCACAACGCUAUCGUUGAAGGUAGGCAAACUCUCAAGAGAAAUUUGAAAACUUUGUGUUCUUUAGAGGACGAUAUUAACAAAACACUCGAAGUUGCCGAGUUUCAUUCUGGAAAGAAGCGAAAGAGGGAAGUUGAAAAUUGGUUAGGAAGUGUUCAAAGAAAGAAAAAUGAUGUGCAAGUCAUGGAACAACAAAUCGGAGAUCGAAAAUAUUCAUUAGCACCAUGGUGGAAAACGCGUCUUCAGAAGGAAAUUCGUGAAGUAGAAGAGCUUUGUGAGCAGGGAAAAUUUGAUAGUCUUCUGCUUGAUGUAAAUGAAACUAGUGGAGUGGAAUUAUUGACAACAAAAUUGGUGGGUCAAAAUUCAAAUGAAGUCUUAGGAAGAAUCUGGGCAUGCUUGAUGAAUGAACAAGUGCUAAGAAUUGGUGUUUCUGGAGUAGAGGGAGUUGGAAAAACAGAGAUUAUGGUGCAUAUAUAUAAUCAACUCCUUCAAGAUGAAACUUUUGAUCAUGUUUACCUGGUCGCUUUAUCUGGUGAUUUCAGCAUUCACAAGUUGCAGAGUGAUAUUGCCAGCGAAGUAGGGCUUGAUCUCUUUGAUGAGGAAGAUACAAGGAAGAGGGCAGCAAAGUUACAUAAAGGACUUGUAAGAAGAAAUAAAUGUGUGCUCAUCUUAGAUGGUCUUUCAAGUUACUUUGAUCAAGAAGAGAUUGGAAUUCCUAUUCAAGUGGGUAGAUGCAAGCUAAUCAUCAGCACUCGAUCCUUAAGGUUGUGUCAAAGGAUGGGCUGCCAGCAACCUAUUGAAAUUGAGCCACUUCCUUUCAGAGAAGCAGAGAUCUUAUUUAAGAAAAAUAUUGGGCUUGCAAACUUCUUUACUCCAAGUGUUGAGCAGAUUGCAAAGCAAAUUGUAAAAGAAUGUGGAGGUUUGCCUGGUAAAAUUAUUGGUACUGCUGAGAGAAUGAGGGGAGUAAAUGAUAUAACUGAGUGGAGAUACAUGUUGAACGAACUCUCUGCGUGUAGAGGCAGCUUCAGUGUAUAAGACUUUGCUUCUUCAAACUCUUUUAUUGUUAAUGAAAUAUAUGAAGUAUUAAUUUGUUAUUAAAAUUUAUAUUAAUGAUUUAUUUUUCAUCA